GCCACCCAGCGGCCCAGGCCACCCGGCCCUGCUCGGCGAGCGCACCAUGGCGGGCCCCGCGUCCCGGCGGCGGUUGCGGCGGCUGGCAGCGCUGGCCCUGCUCCUGGCGCUGGCCCCGGGGCCCCCGGCAGCCUGGGCCGGGCAGGUGCCGCGCCCCGCCGAGCGGGGGCCCCCGGUGAGGCUCUUCACGGAGGAGGAGCUGGCCCGCUACGGCGGGGAGGAGGAGGAUCAGCCCAUCUACAUGGCAGUGAAAGGAGUGGUGUUUGAUGUCACCUCUGGAAAGGAGUUUUAUGGACGAGGAGCCCCCUACAAUGCCUUGACUGGGAAGGACUCCACCAGAGGGGUGGCCAAGAUGUCUCUCGACCCCGCAGACCUCACCCAUGACACUACGGGCCUCACGGCUGAGGAGCUAAAAUCCCUAGACGACAUCUUCACCAAAGUGUACAAAGCCAAGUACCCCAUCGUGGGCUACACGGCCCGGAGGAUUCUCAACGAGGACGGCAGCCCCAACCUGGACUUCGAGCCCGAAGACCAGCCCCAUUUUGACACAAAAGACGAGUUUUGAUAUUCCAUCCUGGGAUCGUGUUCCUGAUGGGGGGCGGGGCAGGGAGACCCUCAGCUGCCCGAGCCUCUGGGCACCCGGACCCAAAUAAAGCAGACAUUGAACCGGGAA